CUUGAGAUCAGGGAGCUUAGGCAGGACAAGAUAGGGCAUGUCUGGCUAUCCGGCAAGUACGCGCAAUCACACCUUGCCAUGGCUUAUAUAUCGUCCGAAGUUCCCGUCUUGUGUCCAUGACCAAGAGCCCCUCAACGUCACGAAAUAGACUUGGACGCCCACCGGCCGACCGUUUGAGGAAGGCCAGUCAGUUUGUUCGUCACCAAGGAUUUAACCAAGGGUCCCCGCGGAUCUAAGGGAAAGGAGCGGUGCCACACUUCCGAAUUCCACUUAGGUAGCACACGACCUGCUUGUCUUCUUUACUCUUGUUCUCAUCUUUAAUACUGGCUUUCGUCGCGACGUCGACCUUGCACACACAUCGGAUCAUGGACGGCAAGCGAUGACGCAGGACCACAAGACGCCAUCGCUGAAUAUGCAGGACCGAGACGAUGAUGUUGAACGUGGGGAUAUGUGGUCGACAGGAAAGUCGAACCUGAACAUUCCCUGGCAAAGACCCUAUGCAACGGGCACACCUCUACCUGGAAGUCCGGAGCGACACAGAAGUUUAGACGACUCUGCACAAGCCAAUGGACAUGACCUCGAUGGCAACAAGCUGCUCUUGACGCUCAGAGAGCGUGUACGACAUUUUGUCUGGACCUGGUUCACAAUGACGAUGGCUACUGGACAAUUGGCGAAUGUCAUCUUGGUCGUGCCGUAUAACUUUCCCGGCCAAUACGCAAUUGGCAGCAUCUUCUUCUUCACCAAUCUCGUCUUGUUCUGCUUCAACGUCACAAUGAUAUCCCUCCGCUUCUACUGGUUCCCGUCAACAUUCAAAGCCUCUCUUACGCAUCCCACCGAGUCGCUCUUCGUACCAGCCUCCGUCGUUUCACUGGGCACCAUCUUGACAAACAUUACCGAAUUCGCUGUUGGGAAUGGAAAGUCUGGAUACUGGUUGGAGAGGACAAUGAUCAUUUUAUUCUGGGUAUACUGUGGACUGGCUCUGGCAUUUACAUGCGGCAUCUACCUGGUCAUGUGGUCCACCCAGACAUAUACCAUUUCCCGCAUGACACCAGUUUGGAUCUUCCCGGCAUACCCAUUACUCAUCAUCGGUCCGCACGCAGGCAAACUAUCCGCCCGAGUAGCCCCGGAAUCAGCCUUACCCAUCGUAGUAGGCGGCUUCUGCCUCCAAGGUAUAGGCUUCAUGAUGUCCCUAAUGGUCUACUCCGCAUUCCUCUACCGCCUCAUGACGCAAAAACUGCCCAAAGAAUCUCUUCGCCCCGGCAUGUUCAUCAGUGUCGGUCCCUCUGGUUUCACAAUCGCUGGUGUCAUCACCAUGGGCCAAAAUCUCCCCGGCUGCAUACCUGAAAACUUUAUGGGUGUGGGACAAAUGGCUGGAACCAUCUCACUUGUCAUGGCUAAUUGGAUGGGGAUAUGGCUGUGGGGAUUGGCGAUCUUCUUCUUUAUCGUCAGUUGCGGCGCGCAUUGGUCUUGUGUAAGGCAUGGAAGGCUGCAAUUCGCAUUGACGUGGUAUUCGUUCAUUUUCCCCAAUUGUGGGUUAACGACUGCGACUUUUGCCGUCGCACGUGCACUUGAUCAUUGCCGCCCUAUCCGCAUCCUGGGCUGUGUACUCACUUGCCUUCUUGUCGCCGGCUGGAUCUUUGUGUUUUGCAUGAUGAUCCGCGCAGUCAUUCUCAAGGACAUCUUGUGGCCGCAGAAACAGGAAGAUAGAGAUGAAGGUGGUUGGAAGACUGAAGAUCCUGAUCUGACGCUCGCAAUGGCGAAGAGUACAGCUGGAGCGGUGUACCCAGAGGGAAGCUCUAGACGGCAGGCGGGAUUUUGAGAAAUUUUUGUAAUUACGAGGUUAAUGAGUUAUGAGGAUAUGAAAAGAAUGA